AUGCCGGACACACACGGACAGAACGGGACACUGUGCGCCUGGCUCCGGAAAGACGGUGCGCGCUCUCCAGAGACCGCGCACUGUAUCUUCUUAUCCAUCAUGCCGCACGAGCGCACGGUGCCCGCGCUGCUGUGGCUGUUUGUGCUGCUCACACUCUGCUCAUACCUGAUAAACGCGCUGACAUUGUGGGGCUUGGGUCGCUCCGAUAACCCGUCCUGGGAGCCGCGUCUGGCGCUGCUCAAGAACCUGAUCCUGAGCGACAUCCUCCAGAGCAGCAACUCCGGCCCCGCGGUCAUCUACUCCCUGCUCCAGCGCCGCACGGUUCGGCUCAACUCCUGGUGCCUCGUGCAGUACUUCUUGGGCUCGCUCACCAUCUUCUCCAGCCUCGUGACCAUCACGUUAAUGGCGCUCGAGCGCUACCUGUACGUGUGCCACGCGAUCCACUACCUGGUCAUCCUGACGCCCGUGCGCAUGCGGGUGGCGCUGCUUCUCAUUUGGGUGUACGCGACUGUGGUGAGCGCGGCAAACCUGAUUCUGCUGAACAUGGGCCAGCUGCACCCACACGAGGAGGUGACGCGCGGCCUGCUGUGCGAACCGGACACGGUGGAGCAGGUUAUGGGGUUCCCGCGCGCUGCAGCGGUGUACCGGAAGAUCACGGGCUCUUUGACGCUGCUGCUGUGUCUGCUGGCCUACGCCUUCUCCUACGUGCGCAUGUACCGGGACGCGCGUAACGCCGUAAUCCCGUUCAACGCGGCAAACACCACCGCACGGAAAACCGUCCUGUUCUACUGCGGCAUGCUGUUCGUGCAGCUGCUGCCGGUGCUCAUCAAAGUCAUCUCGGACGCGCUGUGGGAGGUGGAAGGCACCGCAGCCAUGGUCGAGCUGCUGCCGCCCUCUGACAAACGCGGCGGAACGGCACCGUCCGCUACCGCGGCUGCGAUGCACGUGUCGCUACUGGUGAUGCUCGUGGUGCCUCCUUGUAUAAACCCGCUCGUAUUCGGCCUGAGGAACGUGGAGAUCCGCCACGUGCUGCUCGGUCGGAUUCGGUGUCUGAGAGGGGCGAACGCGCGCAUGAUCCGCGAAGACAUGGGCCGCGCACACCGGGCACAGGCGGGGUAG